AUGCUCAGAUCCACCCUCCGACUGUCCACCCCCGCCUUCAAGGCCGGCAUGACCCCCCAGCUCAUGAUGCGAUCUCCCAUCGCCAUGCGAAACCACAAGAUGUUCGGCACCAUCCCCCAGCCUCCCGGAGGCAUUGUCGGCACCGUCAACGACGCCGCCCCCGUUCCCCCCGCCAACCCCACCAAGGGCUCCUACCACUGGACCUUUGAGCGAAUCCUUGUCGUCGGCCUCAUCCCCAUGACCGUGCUGCCCUUCGCCACCGGCUCCAUCUCCCCCGUUCUGGACGCCACUCUCGGUGCUACUCUCCUGAUCCACUCUCAGCUUGGUUUCGAGUCUUGCAUUACCGACUACAUCCCCAAGCGAGUCUACGGCUCCAUUCACAACUACGCCAUGUACCUGCUGUACGGAGGAACCGUGGUUGGUCUCUACGGUCUCUACAAGCUCGAGACUGAGGAUGUCGGCCUCACCGGAACCAUCAAGAAGAUCUGGAACGCUUAA